ACACUGGCAGCAAGCAAAGCAACGUCGUCGGCAGUUCCUGCCACGAUAAAGCACUGUGGUCUCCCAGAAAGCGAGCGAGCGCGAGCAGCAGUCGCCGCUAUCGAUAAACGCAAAGGAGAGCUCUGUCCUCAUGACUGCCGGACGAAGUACAAAAUGAGUGUGAAGGAGCUGGAGGCACUCAUUGAUGACUUUUAUAAGUUUAUAUGCGAGACUCUAAGCAACGAAAAACUUUCGACGAGCGCCAAUGCCUUGAAGGAGUCUCUGAAGCACAGGAUCCAAUUGUGCAGAGCGGCUUCGAAGAACGCAGGCCACUAUGCGUCGCCUCCUCCGCCGCAGGUGGUCUCGGUCAGUGAUGAUCUGCCAGACUAUGGCGAAGUCGAGGACGAAAUGCCAGAGUACGAGGAGACGGAGGUAUUCGCGACGACUGUGGUGGUGCACCGAGUGAACCAGGAGCCACCGCAGCCCCCCGCGGCCCCACAGCAGCAGGAGGAUGAACAGGUGACCGUGCAGAGCCUCGUCUCAACGGCCGUGAUGCACGGCUCGCUGGUGCGCAAGGAUCGCGUCUUCAUCAUCGGCAAACAAAAGUGCUGGGCGGCGGCCACUGUCUCCAGCUUUCACGUGUUCAACUCGGAGACGGACUUCAAGCCCUACUUCAGCGUCCAGCUCACAGACAUGACUGUCAACGUGCCCCAGAAGGACAAGAAGGACGUCCUUUUCGAGGUCAACUUGCCAGCGACGAAUAAACAGUUUAAGUUUGCUGCGCCAAGCGCAAGUGACCGGGAUCGCUGGCUAAGCGUGUUGUCGCAGGGCAAAUUGAAGCCCUACGAGAAUCAAAACGUAAAGGGUCGCAGCCUGCCGGAGACGCCACUGGAGCUGGAGAAAACCUCCCCGCGCAUCGAGGAGGACAACGACUCGCUGGACAACUACGAGCCUUUGGGCGCUAAGGACGAAGACGACGAAGAGAUCUACAACUCGCUCGAGAGCUUGUCAGACAAGCGCGGGCCGCCACCGCCGCCCCCCCGCUCUGGUCCCGAAUUGCCUAAGUCACGCCGGCCGGCGCUGGGCCCACCGGACGACGAUGACGACGUCGAGUACGACGACAUCGGCAGGAACGACAACGAGGAUGACCAGGACAUGUACUACGACAUCGAAGAGGCCAGGGACCUGGUGGUACAGAUGCGGCUGCCGCCACCCCCACCACCGCGCGUCAUCGAAGACGACGACGUUAUCUACGACGACACCGAGCCCCUGCCGUCGCCGCCUACAGUCCCAAAGUUCCCCUCGCGGCCCAACGGGGCGCCCCCGCUACCCCCGGUCAAGGUUCAAAUCAGCAUCAUGCGCGGAAAGCCCCCUUCAAUUGACGACGACCCGCAGGAUGAGUACGACGAGGUCGGCCCUCCCUCCGUCAUGACCCCGCCGUUCAUCGCUGCUAAGAAGGUCGGGCCGCCGCCUCCGAACCGCUCGGACUCCUUCCUUUUCAGGGCGAUGAAGAAGCACGUCGACCUGGAAGAGCCUGCCGAGGAGUAUGAUGAGGUAGGGCCCCCUGCAGAAAUGGUGAAGCCCCUGCCGGCAUUACCAAAGUCCCUGCCAGCAAUACCAAAGCCCCCGCCGUCAAUACCAAGGUCACCUGCAGAAGCCCCCAAGCCCCCUGACGACUCGCACAUGGCACAAAUGUUCCGCGGCGUCAAGCUCAAGCCCACGCUGGACCUCUCGAGCGCAAACGAGCAGAGUCAAAAGCCAGCUAAGGUGGGCUGGAAGCCGCCGUCGCCCAAGGAGGACAUCACGGACGCCAACACAAUGAAGGCCCGCCUCGCUAGUCUGAGGCCCGUUGGGAGUCCCACGUCCCCUAAGCCUCUAGCGAGCCCCACAUCCCCCAAGCCCAUCGGGGGCUUCACGCCACCCCCCGGAGGCUUCACUCCACCAAAGUUCCAAGGAGGAGCGCCGACCCUGAAGCCAGUCGGAGGUGCGCUGAAACCGACAGGGGGUAUCACGUCCCUGAAGCCCGUUGGGGGUCCCGCGUCUAUGAGGCCCGCCGUCCCCUCAAAGGUGAAUAUAAACAAGCCAAAGCCGCCGCCGAGCAACGCCAAACCCAGCGCGCCCCCCAAAGCGUUGGCCAGUAAGUUGGCGCAGUUCGAGAGGGCCAACAACAACUGCAAUGUUGAGACUGAGGGCAAGAUGAAAGUCCACGAGAUGAUCCAGAAGAUGGGGGGCAAGUGAUUUUGUGCCAAGGAAAGAGUAUCAACGUUCAAUACUUAACGGUUUAAUAACAUUCUCUACAUUAUCUCAGAACUGUGUGAUAGCUUUGAAGUUAAGUCUUGUGUGCUAAAACCAUUUAAUAUACAUGCAUUGUACAUCAUUUUGAUCCGACCAGAAAUAAUACAAGAUUUUGUAAACAAA